CUGAACAAAACUCAGCAACAUUUCCCAUCCGUGGCUAGUCCGUGGCUAACCGCUCCAAAGACAUACUCUGGGGAGAAUGUCAGCUUUGAGUGUACUGAUCUCCAUCAAUGUUAUAGUGUCUGAAUGCAUAAAUGCAGAAAUGAGAACUCUGGUUACACCAAGCAAUGGAUUAAGGCCAAAAAUGAGCAAGGACAAUGACAGUGCAGCUUCAACAAACAGUUCACUUAUGGACAGACAACAGAGUAGUUUCAUACUCCCUAUGGAAGCUAACACUUCCCUGUCUAAACCUGUGGAUACAAAGGCUGUGCUCUCUUGCCCUCCGAUCACCCAGAAAGCUGUGCUGGUAACAAUAAGAUGGGAAAUAAUCCUCAGAGACAAGCCUUCCUGCACCAGAGCCUACAGGAGAGAUACAAAUGAGACCAGGGCCAUAAACUGUAGUGACGAGACAAUAUCCUGGGACCCCAGACCUGAUCGGAAUCCCGCCCUUCAGAUCGAUCCAGUGGCCAUCACUCAUGAUGGAUAUUACAGGUGUGAAGUGGUCACAACUCAUGGGCAUUUCUAUCAUGGAUAUCACCUGACAGCGUUAGUGCCCCCCGAGGUGACCCUGUUUCAACUUGAGAAUGGAACUAUCGUGUGUAGGGCAGCUGCAGGGAAGCCAGCGGCGCAGAUCUCCUGGACCCCAGGGGGAGAUUGUCACACUGUGGAAGAGCCACUGGGCAAUGACACAGUGACCGUCCAGAGUUCGUGCCGCUGGGAGGACCACCGGGUGUCUAAGUUGUCCUGCUCUGUGUCCCAUCUGUCUGGCAACAGGAGUCUGUCCAUAGAAUUGAAUCAAGGUGUCAUAGUCCUGGGAUUUCCACCAUCAACCUUACUGAUCGUUCUCUAUGUGAAAUUUUCUCUAUUCCUGGUUAUCCUCGUCAUUGUGGGAUUCAUCUACUUCCAGAGAAUAAAAGAUUGCAGAGCAUGAAAAUUGAAGAAUCUGGAAGUCGAUUUAGAUUUGAUGAGAUCACAAAAAAGCAGCCAGCUAUGAUCAGUCUUCGGUUUCAACGUCAAACUCAACCACUCUUGUCACUAUUUGAUAUCUUUGUGUUUAUGAGAAUCCAUGUGAUAGUUGGCAAAUUCUGUUUCAAACUCUUAGCAUAUGUGUAUUUACACACAUGUGAAAGCUUGCUGCCUGCCAUCACAAAUGCCUAGGAUGACUCAUCUACUUUCCCCUUUGCCCUACUGAGUCCUUACUUGCAAACAAGAAAUAGCCCUGCUUCUCAGCCUAAGAGGAAGAUGAGUCAGCAAAAGGCAAAUAACAAUGCAGGGCUGUUUUUCUACACCCCUUGCGUUCUUUGGCUAGUGCUUUCAUCCUAGCUUCCCCUUUCCUCUGCCCUCUUAAUAUGCUAAUUUUGCAAUGUCAGGAGCCACUACAAACAUUGCCUUCAAGUCGACCGGUAGCUGACCUCUCAUCCUUUUCUUGCUUGCUAGUAAGUAGUGGGACAGAUGUAUUGCAUGUUUGGCUUGAUCAUUGAAUAAAUGGCCAGGAGUCAUUUUUAGCACCGCCUUUAUUUUUGAAGAAAUUAUAAGUUGGUUCCAAAUAAGGAGUUGUUAGAAUCACUGGAGACAGUGCUGAAUAUCACCUCACCUUUUGGAGCUCCAUUGUCUCAAUUCUCUCUCUUGUCAGCAAUCCAGGUUGGAAUGGAUUAAUGGUGGAAGAAUAAGGGUUCUUGGGGAAACCCCAACCUAUGCUAGGGCCACUGUAAACAGGAACCCUAUCUUCACUGAUAUAUAUGGUAAUCUUAUAGUAAAAAGUGUCCUUUCAUUUAAUAGAAGAAUUUCUUUUGUAAGGUGGCAGGUGAUUCAGGCUAUUACUUUUAUUUUUAGCAAGGCUUGAAGAGAGAAAAUGAAUGCAUACUACUAUCUGGAAGAUAAUAUAUGAGUAGGAUAGUCUGAUUGUUGAAACAAACAACCUCUCAAUCUCAGUGUAUUCAUACCACAAAGGUUUAAUUCUCACUCACUUCAUAUCCCGGGGCAGGCUGGUGAUUCUAGGGCAGGAAACAGGAGUGGUUCUGCUCUAAGCUAACAUUUUAUCCUAUGGUUCUGCCCUUGUCAGAGUACCCUCCAUUCAUCCAGUGAAUGGGAAAGAGAGAGAGAAUGGGGGAUUCAUGUGGGAGGUUUUUAUGAACCAGGCCUGGAGUAGUAAUGACUUCUGCUCACAUUCUAUUGGCUAGUACUUGUCACGUGGCCACCCUAAUUUCUAAGUUGAUAAAUGUAGCAUAGCAGCCUUGGCAGAAAUAAAGUCAGGUUUUGGGUACAUUUGGCCAGUCUCUGUCUACCGUGGAGGAUAGGAUGAGUGCUAAGAUUAAUACCUACUCUAUUAGUAACCGAACAUGAGCCAAGAAAUAGAUAAGUAAAUAAUUUCACGUACAACAUAUAUUAGCUCUUUUCUCUCUUUGCUUUUAUUAUAAUUCCCUCAUAUUUACAACAGGACAUAGAAUGGGGAAAAGUCUAGUACCAUAAAUCUUUCACAGACUCAAAAACACUGUGGCACAGACUGCUAGUUGCCUAAUCCAAUACUCAUCUUCCCUUUCUCUUUGGUGAAGAUUGUAUUCAUGAUUUUUAAUCUUUGCCCCUCCCUCUAGCCAUGUAAUUUGUCAGUGACUUUAAAGUUGGAAACAUAAAGUGCAUGUUUCCCUGACCCAUAUCAUUUGCUUUAAGCCAAUCAAAUCAGGGCAGAAAUGUCAGUGUACUGGUGUUGAGCCUAGGUGUCAAGAGGUUCUGUGUGUUUCUAUUGCUAGUCCAUGAGAACAUGCCUGGGGUAAUCUGCUGGAGUAUGAGAAACAUGUAGAGCAGAGCUGGUUCAUGCUAGUCCCAUUCCCCACCUCAGUUGAGGCCAGUCUAGGUAAUCCGAUAUUUAAUCAUCUCUUAGGCAAGGGAGAAGCUCAUUCAAAAUCAGAAGAGCUGCCUACCUGAUCCUCAGAUAAUCCUAGACAUUUAAGCAAUUGUUGUCACAGAGGUUUUGUGAUUGUUGCACAGCAUUAUUGUGAUAUUAUUGUGGUAUCGCUGGUACAUUGUUUAAUAACAUAACUCCAAUUUUAUUUAGUAUGGAGACACACUUAAAUAAAAGACAUUUUUCAGUU